GCGGCGCGCUCCAUAGGGGAAUCUCAUCCCGUAGCCAUCCCGCCCUCCCGACGUACCUUAUAGCCCAACCAUCUCCCAUACCCCUUGCAUGUCUCCCCCUUCAUAGCCCCAAUACCCAAACGACAGCCGAGGCGGCCAAGAUGAGCAGCGUCUGUUUACCCGAGCCGAUUCAGGGCGCUAUUCAUGGCGGAGAGCUACCUGCGGGCACCGCUGCCCUCUCUCCGACACUUCGUCCGAACUUCAUUCGCCGCGAGACAGAUCAGAUCCUCUCCUAUUACCAGUCCGAACACGCUGGGCGGACUUACGACUUCGCGUCAGGCCGCGAAUCUCAAUACAAUACCCAGGAACAACAACAGCAAGUUACCCCUUCUUUGCCAUUGUCGAACACGAUACCACGCCCUCGCGGCAUCAGGCGCGAGUCUACAGCGUCCUCGAGAUCGGACUACUCUUCACACUACUCCAGCUCUGACGACGAGGACUCCCACCAGGGCCCUGCGGCCGCCCACGUCUUUCCCCACGCGCCAGCGUCCUCUCAAUCUCCUGAACGCUCCACACCCCGCACAAGUGCUGAAACGCGGUCCGAUAAGUUAGAGACCCAGAGGCAGUCGCAGCACUCUGCGGGCACAGGAGCCCGGCACUCCCGCCGCAUUAGUACGCCGUCGGAGGGCGGUGCGGACAGGCGUAGGUUGGCCAUUGUGGAAAUGGACGCGACGACGAGCGUGCCGCCUAUGUCGAUAGGGCGUAAAAGGAGCAAGGGGCUGGACCGCGACGGCAAGUCUGCCGAUUCUUCGUCCUCCCCCACUGGCGGCAGCGGGAUGUCUACCGGGACGCUCUUCUCGCGUCGCGGGGUUCACAUUGGCGGUCUGGCGCUCGUCGCGCCUCCCGACGCGUCUCCCAGGACGUACACCGACCUCACUCCUCCCUCCACCGCACCCGUCUCCUCCGGCAGCGCCGCCCUUCCUCCGCCGUCCGCCUUCCAGACACACACGCGCUCUGCUUCCGAGGCCUUCAACGCCGCCGGGAGCCGCUCCCGCCUGCACCACAAGUCGUCCCGUGACGUCGGCAUCGUUGGCCUGAGCUCUGCCUCGACAGCUUCUGAGAGUCUUAGCCCCGCUAGCCCCACCUCCGACGAGUACCACGUAUACACGCAGAGCGCCGGCCUAAGGGUGCCCAUCUUCCAGACUCCCGCCAAGAGCCGCUCACCGUCCCCCGGAGGCACCACACCUGAGCUUUCGGACACAAGUAGCGCGGGAGCAAUCCGGUCUGCUCACCAGCGACUGCUCUCGACGCCGAUCUUUGGGAUGGAAGAUGGGAUCAUCACCCCUGGCAUCGGGGAGGGCAAGGGCAUAGGCCAGCCCGUUGUAGGACCCGUCAUCGUGGGACUCUCCCCUUCGAUGCUCCAGCCUCCCAGCGCGCGCUCUGCGUCAAAGUCCGCAGCCACCCAUGGCUUGCCGUCACUGCAGUCUCCUGCAUCCUCGUCACCGUCGUGCCACAGUUCUCCGUCGUCGUCGUCACCGUAUCUCCACUAUCAACCUGGGGUGCACUCGACGGCCGGCCCUUUGCCUCCGCCACCUCGGUCUAUCUUUGAGAAAGACAAUGCGCCGCCGCGCCCGCCUCGAUACCACACCCCCUUGCCGAACAGCACACGGCGCGACAUAGACGCUAUCAAAGAAGCGCUGCAACUCCCGCAGUCCGUGUCCGCGAAGCUCGCUGCGAGGACGCCUCUGGACGUAGACAAGCAGCUCGGCCGUGAACAAUCCCCAUCUCGAGCGGACAGCAGCCGGGAGACCCAGAGCGAGGAAUCCACAUAUAGUGAGGAACCCGAGUCGUCGGUGAGGCUCGUCUCUUCGAAGCCUGUGCACGUACGCGAAGGCGCGUUUCCACCCUCGAAGAUCAUAUCUACUCCAUCGGGGAAGGCAUCCGCGCAGUUGAUCUCAGCUGUUUCCGAAGAGCAACCGACCUCGUCGGAUCUGGAGACACGUCCUUUUGUGGUGAUUGAGCAGGAGGAGCCAGAGGAUGAGCCGAGGGAGCCGGAAGCCAGGCGUCCUGGCAUCGAGUUGCGCAGGGAGAGCAGUUGGGUGAGUCUCAGUCAGGAAGCAACGCUCCGCCCUUCCUCGCCGAACGGCAAGUCCACAAUGUUGCCGAUCCUGUCUGUCUCCCGCUCCCCUUCAUUCGUCUCCGCUGCCUCGUCUUCCUCGAGCGUAUCCCACCUACCGUCACUACCGCCCAAGAGCAUCCGCAACGGCUCCGACGAUGAGAAGCGGGACUCUGCCCUCGCUCCCAGUUCGUUCAAGGCGCUCACCAACUUCAACCUCAAACGCUUCUCUUCUCUGCCCCGUACACCGUCUCGAUCGUCCAGGUCGAGCAAACGCUCCUCCAGUCCGGAUCCGCAUCGUUCGCUGUCCCCGCCUCCCCCGCCUUCUCAUGACUACCAGCACACGCCUAUCCUGAUUGAGUCUCCACCGAGGAGACGAAUCAUCCCAAAGGUCAAAUAUUCGCACUUCUGGCCGCCAGCUAUGAACGCAGCGGACAUCGUGGUCCUCAGAAGCUCUAGGGAACGUGCGAAGGGGUACGCUAUGAAGAUCAAUGAGUUGUCGAUGUAUGACUGCGGUUUGCGGGAGUGGCUUGCGUCGCAAUCGCAGAGUCGUUCAGUUUCCCAUCCACGCUCGCAGUCGCAACGGACAGCGCAGCAGACCUUGCAUCCUCUGCCGGUAGAGCUAGGCGGUGUGGCUCCUGGCGUCAGACACGUCUCACAUGGGUCCUUAGCUUCCCAAGCGACAUUCCCCAUCCGCUCCGACGCGUACACUGCAACAGACUUGUCAACACGAGCCAUCGACGUCCUACCUUCCUCUGCACCUCCUCCGAUCCUGCCAUACCCUUCCCUCGCGCUAGCGCCGAUUCAACGCAGCCCCGCCCGAUCCUCUAUCCUCCUCUCUCCGACGAAGUCCAUCCCUAUCUCACUACCUGGCUCCAAAGGUCCAGCGACAGGCUUCUUCGCUUCGCUCGGCCGCAAGACGAGCAUACGCAAGGACAGGGGCGGCGGCCUCCUCUCCCCCCAAUCCCCCUCGAAGGUACUCACCAAGCACCGGCCGCAGGCCAUAGCGUCCUCCAUUUCGCAGCCGGCGCCCUCUCGCCCCACACCGCCGCCCACGACGCCGUCAGUGCCCGGCGGGCCUCGCGCCGCCCCCGGGCACAUCAAGCGCGCGAAGACGUACUCAGUCGGUCCUGGCAUCUCCCCGGCCCCAGUCCCAAUGUCAACCUCAGCCGCAGCAGCUCCAGCCCCGAGCGCGCCUCAGGUGUCGCCCAGCCCGCCAACAGCGAGCAGCUCCCAGUCGAGCCCGAACAACAGCCAGCGGCAGAGCACCGUCCCGGCACGCCGGCCGUCCCUGUUUGCGCGGGCGCGACCUGCGCACACCUCUGUCUCCCCGGCGAAAAGUUCGGCGAUGGUGCCUGCGGAUCCUAACUUUGAGCGGCAGGUCGACAAGCUUGCCGAUUUACUUCCGCAUGCGGAGAGAUCGGUCCUGGCGGGCUACCUGAGGCGUGCGGGAGAAGACAUUCUGGCUAUCGGACAGUACCUCGAGGACGAGAAGAACGGGACACUAAGAAGAGAAUAA